AUGAGGACGAACGAUGAGGUCGCUCGACGAAACGCCUUGAGAGACUACACGGAGGAGAGAGACAAGCUUAAGAGCGAGAAAGAAAAGCUAGUCCAAGAGAAUAUCAACUUGAGAAAAUCUCUUGACGAACACACCAUAGGCUCUGUAGCACUUGAGAGCCGAAACAAAACGCAAAGCGAGCAGAUCGAUGCUUUACGACUAGAUCUGCAACGGUCUAAGGAUUCUGUCACGUCCGCUGUCCAAGAAGUACAAGCAAGCAAGAGGGAACUCAAUAGACUCCAGCAAACGGAAAGGGAGCUACGCGAACGUAUCAAUCAAAGAGACUUGACAGAGACCAAGCUCAAAAAUGAUGUGAGCAAAGCUCAAGAGGAAGCAUUAGCUUACAAGAGAGAGAAAGAGAAAUUCGUGAAACAAACCGACCAGGUCAAAAGCUACCUAUCACCAUCUGCUACUGAGUCGUUGUCUGACUUGUAA